UGCGCGUAGAGGGGCGAAGCCCCCGCCUGGCCGCCGCUCGGCUGCUCGGAUGCCGCGGAGUUCUGCUCCCUCCUAACAUCUUCCCUUCUCCCCCCCCCCUUUUUUUUUUUUUUAAUUAAUUUCUUCCUCUCUUUAUCCCACACCUCUUCCCGCCCCCCAAACUUGUUCUCCCCUCCGGACCCGCGUGCUUCUCUCCGGCCGGGCUUUCCCCGUGGGGCAGGAUCAUGCCGGACCAGAUCACCGUGUCGGAGUUCAUCGCGGAGACCACCGAGGAUUACAACUCCCCCACCACCUCCAGCUUCACUACCCGGCUGCAGAACUGCCGAAACACCGUCACGCUGCUGGAAGAGGCAUUGGAUCAAGACAGGACUGCACUACAGAAAGUGAAAAAAUCUGUGAAAGCAAUAUAUAGUUCAGGACAAGAUCAUGUUCAAAAUGAAGAAAACUAUGCACAAGUACUAGAUAAAUUUGGAAGUAAUUUUUUAAGUCGGGAUAACCCAGAUCUUGGUACAGCUUUUGUAAAAUUUUCCACGCUUACUAAAGAAUUAUCAACGCUGCUGAAGAAUCUGCUGCAGGGUUUAAGCCACAAUGUUAUUUUCACUUUGGAUUCUCUGUUAAAAGGAGACUUAAAAGGUGUUAAGGGGGACCUUAAAAAGCCUUUUGACAAAGCCUGGAAGGACUAUGAAACCAAAUUUACAAAAAUUGAAAAGGAGAAGCGAGAACAUGCAAAACAGCACGGGAUGAUACGAACUGAGAUAACAGGAGCUGAGAUAGCAGAAGAAAUGGAGAAGGAAAGGCGGCUAUUUCAGCUGCAGAUGUGUGAAUAUCUUAUUAAGGUAAAUGAAAUCAAGACAAAAAAAGGUGUGGACCUUCUGCAGAAUCUUAUUAAGUAUUAUCAUGCACAAUGCAACUUCUUCCAAGAUGGCUUGAAAACAGCUGAUAAACUUAAACAGUACAUUGAAAAGUUGGCUGCAGAUUUAUAUAAUAUAAAGCAGACACAAGAUGAAGAAAAAAAACAACUUACUGCUCUUCGUGAUUUGAUAAAAUCAUCUCUGCAGCUUGAUCAGAAAGAGGAUUCACAGAGCAGGCAAGGAGGAUAUAGCAUGCAUCAGCUUCAGGGGAAUAAAGAAUAUGGCAGUGAGAAGAAAGGUUAUCUUUUAAAGAAGAGUGAUGGUUUAAGGAAAGUUUGGCAAAGAAGAAAGUGCACAGUUAAAAACGGAAUUCUUACCAUAUCACAUGCAACGUCCAAUAGGCAACCAGCUAAACUGAAUUUACUGACCUGCCAAGUGAAGCCAAAUGCUGAAGACAAGAAGUCUUUUGAUCUAAUAUCACAUAACAGAACAUACCACUUUCAGGCAGAAGAUGAACAAGAAUACGUAGCAUGGAUAUCAGUAUUGACUAACAGCAAAGAAGAAGCAUUAAAUAUGGCAUUCCGCGGAGAGCAGAGCACAGGGGAAAACAGUUUAGAGGAUCUGACAAAAGCCAUUAUUGAUGACAUACAGAGAUUACCCGGGAAUGAAGUCUGUUGUGAUUGUGGCUCACCAGAUCCAACGUGGCUAUCAACUAAUUUGGGCAUUUUAACCUGCAUAGAGUGUUCUGGAAUUCAUAGAGAAAUGGGUGUCCAUAUUUCUCGAAUCCAGUCUUUGGAAUUAGACAAACUAGGAACGUCGGAACUCUUGCUGGCCAAGAACGUAGGAAAUAAUAGUUUUAAUGAUAUUAUGGAAGGGAAUUUGCCUAGUCCUUCACCUAAACCCAGUCCAUCAAGUGAUAUGACUGCACGUAAAGAAUUUAUCACUGCUAAAUACGUAGAUCACAAGUUCUCUAGGAAGACUUGUGCGUCCGCAGCAGCUAAACUGAAUGAAUUACUUGAGGCUGUCAAAUCCAGGGAUUUACUUGCACUAAUUCAAGUCUAUGCAGAGGGAGUAGAGCUAAUGGAGCCACUGUUAGAGCCUGGACAGGAGCCAGGUGAAACAGCACUUCAUUUAGCAGUCCGGACUGCUGACCAAACCUCUCUCCAUCUGGUUGACUUCCUUGUACAAAACUGUGGAAACCUGGAUAAGCAAACAGCAUUGGGUAAUACAGUUCUACACUACUGCAGUAUGUAUAAUAAGCCUGAGUGUUUGAAAUUACUUUUGAGGGGGAAGCCAACUAUUGAUCUGGUAAACCAAGCAGGAGAGACAGCUCUGGACACAGCAAAAAGAAUGAAAGCUGUCCAGUGUGAAGAACUGCUUUCUCAAGCCAAGGCAGGAAAGCUAAAUCCUCAUGUCCAUGUGGAGUACGAGUGGAAUCUUCGUCAGGAAGAAAUUGAUGAAAGCGAUGAUGACUUAGAUGAUAAGCCUAGUCCUAUAAAAAAAGAAAGAUCUCCAAGACCCCAAAGUUUUUGUCACUCUUCUAGUAUUUCUCCUCAAGACAAAAUGACUCUUCCUGGAUUUAGCACUCCUAGAGACAAGCAAAGACUCUCCUAUGGAGCUUUCACCAAUCAGAUUUUUGCUUCUACAAGCACAGAUUCACCAACCUCUCCAACUGCAGAUGCACCUCCUCUCCCUCCUAGAAAUGCUGGCAAAGGCCCACCUUCAACCCUCCCUCUAGGCACCCCAACCUCUAGUGGCAGCUCCACUCUGUCCAAGAAGAGGCCACCUCCCCCGCCCCCUGGACACAAACGAACCCUCUCUGACCCACCAAGCCCACUACCUCACGGACCCCAGAAUAAGGGCCCGAUUCCUUGGGGUAAUGAUUUGGGCCCACCUUCAACUAAGGCUGCGAACAAGUUUGAGGGGAUGUCUCAGCAGUCAAGCACUGGAACUGCAAAGACUGCACUUGGCCCAAGAGUUCUUCCCAAACUACCUCAGAAAGUGGCACUAAGAAAAAUAGAAACCAGUCAUCAUCUUUCAAUAGAUAAAUCCAAUCAGCUUGCGGAAAUCUUUCAGAAAUCUUCACUGUCCAUCGAUCUACCACAGAAACCACAACCUGGAGACUUGCCCCCAAAGCCUCUGCCUCUGGAACUAACUCAGAAACCUCAAGUGGGAGAUUUACCUCCAAAGCCUGGAGAGCUUCCCCCAAAGCCUCAGCUAGGAGACUUGCCACCAAAACCACAACUUGGAGAUUUACCUCCAAAGCCACAAAUGAAGGACCUUCCUCCCAAACCUCAGCUAGGAGAGGUGUUGGCUAAAACUCAAGGUGGAGAAGCAUCACCAAAGCCUCAGCCUACAGAGGCAAAUCAAAAAUCUCAUUCGUUAGAUCUUUCUCCAAACAUACAAUCUAGAGACAUCGUCCAAAAACAAGCAUCUGAAGAGUCUAAUGACAUAACACAUACCCUGCCAGAAACACCUGUGCCACUUCCCAGGAAAAUAAAUAUGGGAAAAAGCAAGGUUAGGCGAGUGAAGACCAUUUAUGACUGCCAGGCAGAUAAUGAUGAUGAGCUCACAUUUGUUGAAGGAGAAGUGAUUAUUGUAACUGGUGAAGAGGACCAAGAGUGGUGGAUUGGCCACAUCGAAGGACAGCCAGAGAGGAAAGGGGUCUUUCCAGUGUCCUUUGUGCACAUUCUGUCAGACUAGGAGAACAUAGAAACCCUAAACUUGAGCAUUGCACAUUCUUCAUGCAAAACGGGCUUUUAAGCAAAAGCGAACGCUGCUGCCUCCCUGUAAUCCUGUGCACAAUUGUAUAUAUAGCUGCUGUUACAACCAAGAAUUCAUUUAAGUUUCACCUCAUGAGGUUGAAUUAUAUGUAUUGUAAAUAUACUGUGUUAUUCUGCCUUUGCCAGUAUUAUGGUAGCCUUGGAACCUGGCACGCCUUAUUGGGUUUGUUGAAGCCAUCCUCGGCAUCUAGCACUUACAUCUCUGUCUAUGCUGUUAAAAAUAUGUAUGAACCGCCAGCUUUCCAAACAUAGGUGGUCUCCAUCAACCAUGUAACUGUACAGAAAUGACUGUUCCUAAUAACUUGGUAUUCUCAAUAUACAAUUAGCAGAAAGUUAGAAUGAGUGAAUGGUUUUGGACAAUUUAAAAAUCAGUCUGCAGUUUAUAAGUGUAUGCAGUUUACAGUUAUGAAACCCACUUUGGUAUUUAUUUAAUAUAGUACUCAGUUAAGUGUAAUUAUGAAAACAAAUAUUCACUGACUUUACAGAUAACAGUAACGUUUUAUGGUGUGCAUACAGCAUUUCAUGUUUAUAUUAUGCGGACCUUUGCCAAACUGUGAUUGCAGUUCCCCUGUGAUAUUACCUCACUAUAAAAAGUUACAAAUUUCUUUCAUUUGAAAACUUGUGUUAAUGGAAAUUAGUCAUGUUGUUCUUUAGUAGGUAUAUGUGAAAUUUGCUGGUUUCUUUCACUGAAAUCUUAGUAACCGAGGACUUCUAGAAAAUGUUAACUGUUGACAUUAUGCAUGCAUUUAGAUGCUUACUUGAAACCUGCCUUUGUACAAAAGUAGUACUGUAGUUACAUAGCUACAUUUGAAGAACAGAACAGUUUUAACUUAAUUGCUAUUCAAAUUAAUGUGGGCUUGCAACAGUAUUUGUUCAUAGCUAAUUGGCUCUUUGAAAAAUGAUUUUGUGUUUU